GUAAAGAAUUGUGAGCAUGCUGGUGUAGAAAGCAGUCGACUGUGAAUGGGAUCGUUAGGCGCGUGCUUCAUUUUUGGCAUUUCCAAUUUUUUUGCAUGCGGGGGGAUUUGGGACUGGAACAAGAACUGAGUUGGCCAUCUUUCACUAUGUGGAUUCAAAGAAGUCAGGCAACGUAAUUGAAACUUCAAGUUCCUUUCUACUCCAUGAAGUAUCUUCAAAGAAAACAGGAAAAGCAAGAGUUUAUACGUCUGUAUAAAUACUGUACCUUUUUACUAUCAUGUGGUUUGCUGAUGAUCAGGCAUGAAGGAUGAAAACCUCAUUCUGGACCAACAUAAAAGGAGGACAUUAGAAUGACAAGAAUGCUUUGCUUAAGACGUUUUUACCCAUUUGCACUGAGGUGUUGCCAGUGUCGAACUGUGAGCAGUGACCCCUUGCUGAGCCAACUAAGUAACUGCACACAUGAAGAUGAAGUGUUUGAUCUUGUUGGAAAGAACAAAACUAAACUCUCUGAAAAGCAUGUGGGAAGUGCAAUUGAUAUACUUUGGCAGUUUCAAGAGAAAAAGCAUAAUUUCCCAAGGAAUAGUGAUUAUGUAAAAAAUCACUCACACUUUAUUAUGCUAAACAAUUUAGCAGAAAACAAGAUUUCCUAUAUGGAUAAUGAAGCAUUGAUACAUAUGCUGUACAAUAUACUCAGUCUCGGCGUUGAAGCCCAUGAUUCACUAGUAAGAGAGCUGGUUGUGGAAGGCUGGAGAAGAUUAGAUGGACUGAGCCUAGCUGCGCUAUCUAAAUUUGCACUGUGCCUACAUAAGCAAAAACUAGUCAAAAGUCCUCUUAUGGGUCAAAUCGCUGAAAUUGUGAAUAAGAACUUGGAUUCUAUGCAGGAUACAAGAGUAUUACCAGUUUUGAUGAGCAGCAUAUCUAGUGUUAUCUCGAAGAAUCUCCAAAAUCGGUUAAUGCAGAAGGCAGAGGGUGCUUUGGAAAAUAUCGAACUUGUCUCCUCAGAUCAUGCCAUGCAUUUUGUACAGUUUCUCCGAAAUAUCAAACUACAACAUCACCCAUUGUUGGAUAAAUGUAACAGAGUUUUUCUGCGGGAUGCAAAGCAACUGGAUGUUGAGGAAUUGAGCACCAUUCUUCAGCUAUACCACUCCUUACGUUUCAACAAUAGUGCAUUCAGAUUAGUUGCUAAACAGAGACUGAUGGCAAUUAUGGAUGAAUGCAAUAAUCCUUUGAGCUUUACUCAACUGUUUGCUGCUCUUGCACCCAUGGCAGGACCAGCAGUCAGAGAACAGCUAAUUGAAACAGCUCUACUAAUUGCAGAUGAAUUUGAUCAUCUCCAAACAUUAGCAGUGGUGGAAGCUUUGAAAGAAAUGAAGUACAGAAAUUCGCAGCUGAUUAAAAAGAUUACUGAUGUCCUUCAUAAACACUUGGAUAUGUACAGAUCAACUGAGUUGGCCAGAUUGUUGCGGUCUAUAGUAUUCCUACAAGUCCACGAUCCUGACUUUUACUCCAAAUUACAAAAAUGGCUAAUUCGCCGUUUACAAGAAAGCGUCACCCUAACAGAUAUUUGUAUCCUAACUCAUCUGGUCUCCAUUCUUCCUUCUUCUCACAUGGAUGAAGCUAUAGCCGCUCGAAUUGAUGGCAUCUUGCCUCAGUGCAACUUGAAUUACUUGAAUUUCUUUGCCACAGCCAUCACAAAGUGGGUUCGUCAUAACCAGUCAAAUCAGAGACGCGGUUCUGGGUUGCAUGGGAUACUUUUGCAAAAGAUUAAGUAUCACGCAUUUCAGAGACUUCAGCAAGCCAAUGAUCUGGAUCAUCUGUUAGAAGAACUGAAAUUCCUAGCUGGAGAGUGGUUUGAAGAAAUACUUCUUGAACAAACCAUGGUGACUCUUCAGCGCUUGGUAGACCAAAUUGCAUGGAAGAAUAUGCUACUUUAUUCAUCCUUUAUUGUCAAAACCAACUACCUCUGCCCUCUGUUACUAGAUAAAAUGGCUGCUGUUGCCAUGGAGCAUGUAGAUAAGAUUUACAAAUCAGAAGCAUACUUGCUUCUCCUCCCUUUUGCUCGUCUGCAUUACAUUGAUCCUCCUCAUGUUCAGGAAUUUUUUGAAGCUUGUAUUGGACAAAGCAGCAAACAUAUAAGUCGUUUUGAGCCACAUCUCCUUGUGCUGCUUGGUUAUAUUUGUGCACUUAUUGAGCAUUUUCCAGCAGAUCUGAUAAAGGCUAUAUUUAACAUCAAAUUCUUAGCCAAACUAGAUACCCAGCUUGAAAUACUCCCUGUUUCCUUAAGCAGAAAGGUCCACACCCGACUGAUGGAACUGAACCGAGCAGUCUGUUUAGAGUGUCCAGAUCUGCAGAUUCCAUGGUUUCAUGAGCAAUACUGUCAGCAGCUUAUGCAAAAAAGCAGUGGUAACCGCAGGGCGCUGCAUCAGCAGAUUCACAGACUGCUGGGAGAAAUUUUGGGAGGAAGCCAUUUUGUCAGAGUGUCUGUAUUCACCUCUUACUACCAUGAAAUUGAUUUUGAAUGUGUUCUUGAUAGAAAUAAGAAGCCCCUUCCCUAUGUGGAUGAGAAUGGUGCCCGGGCUGACUUGAAGAACGUGCACUGGAGCCAAGAGAGCCCGCUCUUGGAAAGGAAGGAACUACCUCCAGGGGCUCAGAGAAUUGCAGUGGAGUUUCUUGAUUCGAGUGCCUUUUGCAGUAAUUCAAAUACUCCAACUGGAGAAACAGCUAUAAAAAAGAGACAUUUGGAGAUUCUAGGUUACCAUGUUGUCCAGAUUCCUCAUUUUGAAUGGAAUUCCAUGGAACUGUCAUCAAAGGAUGCUUGGAUAGAAUAUCUAAAAAAGAAAAUAUUUGAAAGGGCUUGACUGUUGCCAUAUAGAGAAGACACACAAUCAUGAAGUUAUUUUAUGAGGAAUUUUAUUAUGAAAAUUAAAUGUUUUCAAUCUAAAGAAAGUUUCUGUGAAAUAUCUUUAAACUGGAGAUCAUCAGUGUGUCACCAAACACAUACCAUGACUCUAAUCCCGCAAAGGAAAUUUCUGUGCAAAAGCAGGCUUAAAUACCUGCUGUCUUUACUGAAUACACAUUGUGUUAUGGUGCUCCUUUGGAUUUCUUUUAAAAUGAUGAGAUAAGUUGUCUGAAGCAGAUGGAGACCAUACGCCACUGCUCCCUCAGGGAUCAGACCAUCUCUCUUUAUACUUGGAAUCGGCCAGUUUUGAAAGGGUUGCACAUGCUUACCAGAAUACCCUUUAAAGUAGGGAAAUAGAAAAGAUGAGUGUACAGAGGUAACAGCAGCAGAAGAGAGACAAGACAAAAAAAUAUAACAAAUGCAGGAAGACUUGCAUGUGGAGGGCAUAUGAAAGUGCAGUCCUGUAGCAUUGGAAGAGAGUGGUAUGCUUUAGAAUAUAGAAGGAGAAGCAAGAGGGAGUGGGAAAGACCCAGGGCUGUACUAAGGAGAAGAGAAUGCUGAAAUACUUACCCUGUACAUAAUGCUUUCAGAUGAGGGAAGUUACAAAUUAUUUGUUAGAAGAAUAAACAACGAUAAUCAUGGCUAAAAAAUAACUGGAUUAAAUGUGUAAUGAAUUUUCUCUGGAUAACAGUGCAGUUCUGUUAAUAAAAGUCCAAAACUGGC